AUGAAGUACAAGUACCGCACUACAUCUCCGGUAGCAAUGGAAGCAAAAGCGUGCCAGAGCAAAGGGCUGCUGUGCCUCAACCUUUGUCGUCCCUUGUGUGCAUUCCGUCUGAAGCGCGAUCUGCUCUCCCUGGGAAACUGCCUUACCGCCAAGCAUGCUGUACUGACGGCUGGCUAUGGUCCUUCCUUCUCUCUGCCUGCUGAUGAAGUGAAUUUACUGGACAAACUGACUUCUUCCGCCCGGGACUUCAGCAAUAUUUCCCUCAGUUAUGACAAAGCCAACUGCAGCGUCUUGGAGGUUGGACAGUAUUCCACCCUCAGCAUCCCCACCCGGGAGGCUUUUGGGGACAGGUUUGCAGAUGAUCUGAGCGUGUUGCUGAAACUUAAGUAUUCUCUGAAGGAGGAAACCAGCCUCUUGACAAUCCUCAGUCAUCGUAGCCACGUGCUGUUCCAGAUCAGGAUUAACCCCCUUGCCUUGGUCUUUGUCACCACUAGGAGACGACAUUAUGAGUUCCCAGUUUCCAUCCUGGGGGAUGGAGACUGGCACCAGGUUGCCCUCAGCAUCUCCUCUGAGAGACUGGAGCUGCACGUGGACUGUCAGCUGGUGGAGAGCGUGGGCUGGUCCAAUUACUUUGGGAUGGGCGUCACCACGCAGGGGCUGGUCAUUCUUGGAGGCCUGAUUGAAUCCUUUGAGAUUCCCUUUGAGGGUGCUCUGCAGCAGCUGACCUUCCAGAUGGGAGACCCGGGGGCUGCCGGUGAAUACUGUGGAGGCUACAAUACCCGAUGCGCUGGCGCUUUCAGCACUGAAGCUUUCCGCAACCAGUCCCGCUCCCCAGGGGAGCUUUCUCCCGCUUGGCCGGAGGUGCCAAAAGAAACCAAUGAAAUUCAGGAAUCCUACACUCAGGGCUCAAAAUUUACCACUUCAGAUUUGGCUGUGAGGCCACCUCUGGUGUGGGAGAAUCCCCAAGAGAAUCUUAGGAUCAGCCCCAAUGGAAGUGCCCUCACUUCAGCCCCUUCUACUAAAAGGCUCUCUGCUGAGGAGCAGGAAGAGGAGGAACGCCUUUCUAUUGAAGAGGAAGGCUUCGAGCUUUUGAACUCCACCUUCAAUAAAAUCACAGGACCUGGCAGGCCCGGGGUUGACAGAAGUGAGUUGGAGGUCACAGGAAAUGCCAAUGAUUCCAUUACCACAGUUACUUCAGUUCCUUCUUCUGGGCAUCAAGAUGUUCAGGUGGCUGAUGACAAUGUUAUUCUUUCGAGAACCUCUGCCAGAGUAAACAGACCAGCUUCCAAGAAGGACCACGUUUCGAAACCCCAGGAUGAGAACAUCACCACGGAAAAGAUGAAGGGAGACACGGGCUCUCGGACCUGGUUCUCACCCAGCAAACCGAUUGAUGCCAUCAUAGACCUAGACAACCCUUCCAUCUUCUCCAAAAUCUCCACAGAGGUCAGCCAGACAGUGGACUUUGCAGGAAACAUAGCCAGGGCCCCCUCUUCUGACUCCCGUAGGAAGACGGAGAAACUUGUGGGUGAAGGAACCCUAGAGAACCCUUCUAAAGCUUCCCUAAGCCCCGAGGAUGCUGUGAAACCAAUCCAGACAUCACUGGAUACUGAGGUUGUCCCCACAGAUCACAAGAGAGGGGUCGUGUAUCGCUGGAAGACAGGCAGUGAAGCAAAGGGGAGUGAGGACCAUGAUCAGGGCGGUGUCUUAUGGACAGCAGCAGACGGGCAACAGAUCCGAGUGAAGCCAGGACCCCGGGGGCCGCAAGGACCACCAGGUUUGCCU